AGGGGAUGUUUGUGCCGCUGUGAAUCUCUGCUAAUAUUAAUACGCAAUGAUUAUGGUUUAUGAACGCGUCACUCAGAUGGAUGGAUGAACUUCUGUCACCAUUAGUAGCGUCUUCGGGUAGAAGAACACAUGAUGAGGAUGGUGGUGGUAUUGCUCUCUGUGAUGAUGGUCUGUGUGCUCCUUAUGGAUGCUACGGUGGAAAGCACUGCAGAAUUUGAUCCAUAUAAGGUUCUCGGAGUCACUAGAAGUGCAAGCCAAGCAGAAAUCAAGAAAGUGUACAAACGCUUGGCCAAAGAAUGGCAUCCUGAUAAAAACAAAAAUCCUGAAGCAGAAGACAUGUUCAUCAAGAUUACAAAGUCUUAUGAGAUCUUAACAAACGAGGAGAAGAAAGCCAGCUACGAUCGCUAUGGACAAACAGAUAACGCUCAUCCGUAUGGACGUGGCCAUCAUGGUUUCCGCCACUUUCAUGACAACUUCUACUUUGAUGAGUCUUUCUUCGACUUCCCCUUCAACAAUAAGGGUGGCCGGGAUUUUGCUAACAGCAAGUACAUGUUGCAUUUCAAACAGUAUGUCAAUGAAGUUGUUCCUGACAGCUUCAAGAGGCCUUACUUGAUCAAGAUCACCUCAGACAGGUGUUUCAGCUGCAUCCAUUUCGAGCCAGUCUGGAAAGAAACAGUGCAGGAAUUGGAAACUCUAGGGAUUGGAAUUGGUGUGGUUGAUGUUGGUUACGAGCGGCGUUUAGCAAAUCAUUUGGGUGCACAUCAGACUCCAUCCAUUCUUGGUGUCGUCAAUGGAAAAGUGGCUUUCUUCCAUUACGCUGUUGUUAAAGGCCACCUGAUGCAGUUCAUAGAAGAUUUGCUGCCACAGAGACUAGUUGAAAAGGUUACAGACAAGAACAACCAAGAGUUUCUGAAGAGCUGGCAUGAGCUGAACAAGCCACAUGUCCUCCUGUUUGACCAAGUGCCUUCGGUUCCUCUGCUUUAUAAGCUUACAGCAUUUGCCUAUAAGGAUUAUGUGCAGUUUGGAUACGUUGAUCAAGGUCUUUCUGAAACCACUGACCUGCUGAGAAAAUUCAACAUCAAUACUUAUGCGCCAACCAUGCUUGUCUUCAAAGAGGACGUGGAGAAGCCUGCAGAUAUAAUACAGGCUAAAGGGAUGAAGAAGCAGAUAAUAGAUGACUUCAUCUCCAAUAACAAGUUCCUCCUGGCUCCUCGUCUGGUAAACCAGAAGCUAUUUGAUGAGCUUUGCCCUGUCAAACAGUUCCAUCGUCGUAGGAAAUAUUGCAUUCUACUCAUCACCGGUGAGGAAGAGUCCUUUGCAACAGGGAAUGAAGCCUUCCUCUCGCUAGCCUCUACCAGCACUAAUGAUGUGCUUCGGUUUGCUUACGUCUACCAGCGACGUCAGCAGCCCCUAUGUGAUGUUCUCUUAAAGAACAAAGACAGCACACCACCACAGGUGGUGAUUCUGGAGAGGCGUAACGGAGCUGGUAAGAUUCUGUAUAAGCCAGUUUUGGGAGGAUGGAAUGGCAGUAAGGAAGACAAACACAAGCUCCUGGAGGAACUUGAAAGACUGCAAAAGCAUCCCUCCAUCCUUAACUGUGACGCUGUUCUCCCAGAGCUCAACAAUGAGUUCACCUCAAUGUUUUUAAUAAGAUGGAUUUACACAGCAUAUGACUACUUAUCUGAAAUUAUCGAUGAUCUUCUUCACAAUAACUGCAGUCGCCCACCAAAGAAAAACUUUGUGGAGGUGACAGAGUUAACCGACAUUACAUACACUAGUAACCUGGUGAAGUUGAGGCCGGGUCACAUCAAUGUAGUUCUGGUACUUACUGAUUCCACAAAGAACAUCCUGCUCAGCAAAUUUGCCAAGGAAGUUUAUUCGUUCACUGGGAGUUUGACGUUGCACUUCUCCUUCCUAAAUGUGGAUAAACACAGCGAAUGGAUGGCGGCCGUGUUGGAAUAUGCUCAGGACGCCAUGCAGAUCGACACAGAUGAGGAAGAAGUGGGCAUCCGCAAAGUAGACUACACAGGCUAUGUUCUAGCCCUCAAUGGCCAUAAGAAAUACCUGUGCCUUUUCAAGCCAGUCUACACAGGUGAAGAUUUGGAUAGCAAGCCGGAAGAGGAAGGAGGAGGUUCCCGGUACAGGAAGGGCAUGACACGCUCUCGGUCCACAAGUCUUCAGAUCCACCACAAACUGGAUCGACUCGGACUCUGGAUAGAGCGACUGAUGGAAGGGACGCUGCCCCGGUACUACGUCCCAUCCUGGCCCGGUCUGGACAAGAUCACUGUCAAUAAAUGAAGCCUCAUUGAAGGUAACAUGCUUUUGCUAGAGCAGCUGGAUUAGAAGCACUGAAGGCCUCAGAGAAACCAGGCUUGAUGCUGCUCAGAGCCAGAUGCUCACGAGACGAUUAUAUGUAAGACUUUGAAGAAGCGUCUUUAGUUUUGCAUUGCGGAGGAAAGGAAAGUGUUUGAAGUACUUGAAUCGACACUGAUGCUGACUUCUUGGAAAUGUUUUCUUGAGCUGCUCUAAUGGAGGGCUUUACAGUCAGUUUGGGUCUUCGGUAUUUAUUUCAAAAGGCUCAAAAUAGAGCCAAAAUAUCAAUACAGCUAGCCUAGCUUUCGAUUUUAAACAUUUCCGCUCCACGAAUAACAUUGCAACAUGCUGCAAGUAAAAACAUAACGUAGCAUAACAAACAUGAUCACUGUAGACUUUUAGUCCUAUGUUUACUCAUGACAAUGCUGUGAAUGUUUUUUUCUCUCCCUUUAAUUUAACCCUCUUGAUCUAGAAAGUGCAAUAUUAUAACUUUUUUGCAAACACUUUACAGUAAGGUUAUAUACAGUAUGUUAACUUUAGUCAAUGCAGUAAAUUAAAUGCUUUCGCAGCAUUUAUUAAUCAUUGGAUAAUGCAUAUUUCCAAAGUACAUAUACUACCAC